ACAGUCUCGCUUGUGCAAGUCUCGGCCCUCGGGUGCGUAGCAUCUUAUGAUCUCAUCAUUUCUAUUUUCUCCCAAAACCCUUGUUCGACUGAGAUAAACCCUCCGCUCGCAUUUCUCCCAAGAUCCACCUCACGAACUCCUCCGGCAACAACAGCUGCAAUGGCUUGGCGUGGCUCCAUCUCCAGAUCGCUCAUGUCCACCGCUAGGGCUUCCUUGUCCCGCUCCUCGCCGCCACUCUCCGCCCCUCGCCGACUGCGGCCUCCUUCCCCUUCCUCUCGCCUCAAUUCGCCCCGUUUUUCGUUCUCCAAUCCGAGGACAUUAGGUGAGCUUGGGUGCACUCAAUCACUAAUGCCACUGCAUAGUAUGGUGACUGGAGCAAGGAUGACAUCACACUUGGCUGUCAACGUGCGGGCUUUCUGUGAGCUGUCCCAUGGUACCUUCCGCCGUUAUUGUCAGGAUCGCUAGUAGUUUAUUUGUACUUGAACAAAUCGGUGAAGUAAUGCACAGUUGUUGCUCAACCCGAAGAUCGAAAUUUCAUCAUAUGAUAUCUGUAGUUCCUAGUUGGUCUAAACUUCAUAUGUAGCUCUGGCAAUUUUUCCAAAUGUUCAGAUCGUGGAAGUUCUGCUCAGUUUCUAGUGGCUUUGCUUACUUUCGACAAUGUAGACGUCAAUUAUAAUGAAUGGUGAAUUUCUUAUACCAGUACAGUUUUCUCCAUUAACAUUUGAAAUUAAAUAAUAUAAAAUCCCG